AUGGAGGCGAAGCUGAACAUGAUCACGGAGCAGCUGAAGGAGCUGCCUUUGCUCAGGAAGCAGCUCGGCGAGCACCAAGGUGGCCUCGAGCAGCUGGCUUACCAGAUCGGUCUGGCGGCAGAGCUGGUGGGUGAGGUGAAGAAGGACCAAGCGGAGGCGCGCGCAGCGGCGUUGCGGGGGGCGCCAGCGCCGGCUGCAGGGGCAGCCGAAGGAGGAUACGAUUACAGACGUCUGGUGAAGGUGCAGUUCCCUGCCUUCAGUGGAGAGGAGCCCAAGAUGUGGCAGCUCCGCUGCAAAUCCUACUUCGAGUUCUACCAGAUGCCAACGGAGCUGUGGGUUUCCUGGGCGUCGUUUCACAUGGAAGGGAGGGCCGCUGUGUGGAUGCUGACACAAGACAAGAAGCAACUCGAGGAGGGUGGAUGGGAUCGAUUUUGCCAGGCCGUGCAGGAGAGGUUUGGGCCAGAUGACUACCAGAAAAAACUCAGGGCCCUGAUGGAGCUGAGGCAAGACGGGACAGUGGGGGAGUACAGAGACCAAUUCGAAGAGCUCAUGUGCCAUGUGAUGUCGUUUGAUCAUGGCAUGGGCAUGGUCUUUCAGGUGACUAUGUUCAUGAGGGGCCUGCGACAGGAGAUAAGCGGCGUGGUGAGAUUGCAUAGACCCAAGUCAGUGGAUGAUGCUGCCGAAUUGGCGAUGCUGCAAGAAGAAGUUCUCGAAAAUGCAAAACAAAGAGCUCAGCGGGUCUACUACGAAGAAUGA